AUGGCUAUGUGCACGGUAGAAAACCUAGGGGGCUUCGAGAUACUCGAGAUGCUCGAGACCCUCAAAUGGGUUCAAACUCGCGUGGUCCACGUGAACGUCCGAAGGGGCGGACCGCUAUCUCAAGAGGUUGUCGAUUUCAAGCCCAAUGUCAUCCUGGCAGCCGAUUGCGUCUACUUCGAGCCGGCAUUCCCACUCUUGCUGGAGACUCUGACGAACCUGUUAGCCUUGGAACCAGACGCAGUUAUCUACUUCUGUUUCAAGAAGAGGAGACGUGCGGAUAUGCAAUUUCUCAAGAAGGCACAAAAGGCGUUCUUGGUGACGGAAAUCGUCGACGAAGAUCGCCCUGUCUUCAGCAGAGAGGGUCUAUUCCUCUACACUUUUGCAAGCAAGAAGCCGACUUCAAACGGGAACCGAAAGUGA